UAAUUCCUCGAUCCCCCGCUAUUCAGUUUCUCAGUCUUGCGACGGUGAUAAGCUGAGAAGGUGGGAAUACUUCGUUGAUUCAGUUCUCUCGCUGCUUCUGUUGCCAACGAUCGGAAGCUUCAAUGGGUUACGAUAAUGAUCCGUACCACGACGAAGAUGGUGAGCCCUUGAUAGAAUUCGACGGCGAUUUUCAGUCUGACGAGGAGCCACAGGCGGGUAAUCAUAAUCUUCUGGACGACAAUUUUGACGACGAAGAGGACGACGGUUGGCGGCGGCAAGAGCGGUCGCCGACUCCGGUCUACAACGAGUCCGACGCAAAAUUGAAGCCUCGGAAACGCUUGAUCAAGAAGAGCGUCGCCGCUGACGAGGGGAUUCCUGAUUUUGGAGUCAGCGACGAGGACGGUGCGUCGGACUACGGUGACCCGGCGCCGUUUGGGGGCGAUAAGAGGAAGAAGGUGUUGGAAGAUGGCGGCGGGAGUGGUUGGAAGAAGGAGAAGAAGCUUAAGUCCGAGAGGAGUGACAAGGGCGGGUCGAAAUUGAAGUUGAAGAAGCCGGGGUUGUCGGCGGGGAGGUCUGGGGAUCACAAUCGUGACCCGGAUGUUAGGGAGAUGUGGGUUACGAUUGCUGGCGGUGAUUCUGAGGAUGAUCAUGAGGGCCCGAGGACCGUGGAUGAUGAUAACUUCAUAGAUGAUAGUGGCGUUGAUCCUGCAGACAGAUAUGGAAGUGAUAAUGAACCACGCUCUCCCGGUGAUGCUCCUCAGGCAGAAGAGCGUGAAGAUGAUGAGGAAAUCAACCAACUCUUCAAGAUGGGAAAGAAAAAGAAGAAAGGUGAAAAAAGUGCUGCAGAGAUAGCAUUGCUAGUUGAAAAUGUUAUGGCAGAGCUUGAAGUUGUGGCUGAAGAAGAUGCAGAACUGAAUAGGCAGUCAAAACCUGCUAUAAAUAAAUUAAGAAAGCUUCCUCUUCUUAUUGAGGUUCUCUCCAAGAAACAGCUCCAAAAAGAAUUCUUAGAUCAUGGAGUGUUAACUCUUCUCAAAACUUGGCUGGAACCCCUCCCAGAUGGAAGUUUACCUAACAUAAAUAUCCGUGAGGCAAUACUGAAGAUCUUAACUGAAUUUCCAAUUGAUUUAGAGCAGUAUGACAGAAGAGAACAGCUGAAGAAGAGUGGUAUUGGGAAGGUUAUUAUGUUUCUGUCGAAGUCGGACGAGGAGACCACUGCAAACAGAAAACUUGCGAAAGAUUUGGUUGAUACAUGGAGUCGACCAAUAUUUAACAAGAGCACAAGGUUUGAGGAGAUGAGAAACUUUGAUGAUGAGAGGGUACCAUUUCGCAGGCCAUCAGUGAAAAGGCCACUGAAUAAAGCUUCAGGAAUGGAAUCCAGAGAUGAUGAACUCGAUUUGGCUGAAUUUUCACAGGGACGGAAGUCUGGUCAGUCAUCUUCCAGGCAACACACUACAAGGCCUGAAGCAAUGCCACUGGAUUUUUUGGUUCGCCCCCAAUCUAAGAUUGACCCAGAUGAAAUCAGGGCUCGUGCCAAACAGGUUGUGCAAGAUCAGCGACGCCUGAAGAUGCAAAAGAAGUUGCAACAGUUGAAAGCACCAAAAAAGAAACAGCUUCAAGCUACAAAACUAAGCGUGGAGGGUCGUGGCAUGGUUAAGUACUUGUAGUCAUCUCGCUUGUAACUGGAAAAUCUGAAUUAGUUUUCUACUGGAGAUCACCAACCCGCUUCAGAUGGACGCCUUCCAGUCUGCUUCUUCCUGUGGGGGGUUCAGUGUUCAGAUCCUUCAACAAUGGAUUGGAAUGGGUUGGACUUGUAGAAGUUUCAAGUGUUCCUUAUGGAUUACCAGACUUGCAGAAGCUGAUACCUAUAGUUUCCCUUGACUUGUUUGUUAGAUUAUUGAAUUACCCUUGAUGUAUGUAAUAUUAAUGCAAGUUGUUGUCUGUACCGACGUAUUUUGGUAUCAUAUUAUGAAUAAUGCUGCAGUAAACGAUUAUUGCUCAAUUGGAUAAGAAUGGUAAUCUAGGAUUUUCAUCU